GCUCGUCUACACGACAAGGCGUAAGACGGCGUAAGGGCGCAGACGCAGGCGCAAGAAGUUUGUUCUUGAUCGUAGCGGCGCGGCGCAACGGCGCAGGAGAAAUAAAUUAUUUUUAUUUCCAACGCCUGCGCCCACGUUACGCCGACUGUUUUGUAGGUUAAAUUAACGGCUUGGGUCGCUCACGUAUCAUCGCCGGAUGGCCGAUGCUAUCCGUGAAGAAACUUUUGUGCCAGAAGAAGAAGUAUCAUCGCCGGCUUUACCUCUAUAUAGUGUGAACGUUGAAAACAUGGAAGAAAGUUAUAAUGAGGAAGAAAGUAAUGAAAUAGGGAAUAACGUUUCGGAAGAACGUGAGAUAUAUAUCCGUACGUUCAUUCACUUUGUGUGCCCCAAUACUCAACUGUACGUAAAAAGAAGCAAGGGCUACAGCAAGUGCCAAGAUAAAUCCCUCACUUGGGCAAGUAUAGGGGCAGCGAUGACACCAGCACUCACUGGUUUGCAAGCAGAAAAACUUUUCCAUCGUCUCCGUGAAAAGUUUGGAAAGGAAAGAAAAAAAGUCACAAUGUCAGUGCCAAGAUCAGGAGCUGGGGCUGACACGUCUACCUACCAGUCUACUUGGAUAUUUUACAAUGACCUUCUAUUCCUUGCGGAUCAUAUUAUAGCCCGACAAACAACUUCAAAUUUUCAACGGCCUGCUGUUCGACCUGAGUUCUCAGCUGUUCGAUCUUCGUCACCUGCUGUUCGACCCGAGUUUUCAGCUGUUCGAUCUCCGUCAUCUGCUGUUCAAGGCAAACAAUCUACACUUUCGCCUAUAUGGAAUUCAGACCUUAUUUGCUUGUCCUCAUCUCCUUCAUCUAGUUUGGACUCAGACAUCACUAAUACAAGUGGAACCAACAUAUCCAAUGAAACAGAAGGAAAGGAAUAUGCAAUUCAGAAAGCAUCAGAAGGUACCGCCUCAGUAACAAGUCUGAAAACCAUGGCGGCCUCUAUUCAGCCAGCCAAAACAGUGCCUCCAAAUGAUCCUGUGAAGAAGAGGAAGCGGGAUUCUGAGAAAACAAAUGACGUACUUUCUCAGUCAUCAAAAGAUGUUUCAUUUCUGGCUGCAUCUCUGAGUGCAGCCCUUGAAAGGACCAUCACAGCCAGUACAGCCAGCACCCCAUUCUGGUGGCCCUAA